AAAGUCCUAAUCGGACUCCUCACGCACCUCUCGAUACAUUUCGGCGGAACACAUAUAAAGGAGAUGAUGGGAGAGAGUGGGGCGGCAAGCGGAGGCGAGUUUCCGGCGAAGUGGCUGAGAGAGGACAAACAGAAUGGUGUCUCCGUCCGUAUUCAAAUGGAAGCUUCCAACAACGCAACCAACGGCGGCGGCAAUGAGGAGCAGUUCUCCUCCAUCAUCCCCGGCUGGUUCUCUGAGAUUAGCCCAAUGUGGCCUGGAGAGGCACACUCAUUAAAGGUAGAAAGUGUAUUGUUCAAGGGGAAGUCAGAUUACCAGGAUGUCUUGGUGUUUCAGUCUUCAACAUAUGGUAAAGUGCUUGUUUUGGAUGGUGUGAUACAACUAACAGAAAGAGAUGAAUGUGCAUAUCAAGAAAUGAUUGCUCAUCUCCCGCUUUGUUCAAUCCAGAACCCCAAGAAGGUAUUGGUCAUUGGAGGAGGAGACGGUGGUGUCUUGCGCGAAGUGUCUCGCCAUUCUUCAGUUGUGCAGAUAGACAUAUGUGAGAUUGAUAAGAUGGUAGUCGAUGUUUCAAAACAAUUUUUCUCUGAUGUGGCUGUUGGAUAUGAGGAUUCCCGUGUAAAUCUCCACAUUGGCGAUGGAGUUCAAUUCUUGAAAAAUGUGACUGAAGGAACCUAUGAUGCUAUUAUAGUGGAUUCUUCUGAUCCCAAAGGUCCUGCAAAAGAGCUGUUUGAAAAGCCUUUCUUUCAAUUGGUGGCAAGGGCUCUUCGUCCGGGAGGGGUUGUAUGUACACAGGCUGAGAGUAUAUGGCUUCAUAUACACAUAAUUGAAGAUAUUGUGACAAACUGCCGCCAAAUUUUCAAAGGCUCUGUCAACUAUGCAUGGACUACCGUUCCUACGUAUCCAAG